AAUUCUUAAACCCUUUGCUUUUUCAUAAUUGACGCAAACCGGCCGACCGUUUAAUCUGUUAAAAGUUCAACCGCCAUGGAAGAACAAGCACCACCACUUCCGCCGCCGCUCCGCCUCCUCCGUAGCUUGGAGCUCCGCCUCCUCCGAUGCACUAUCCCCUCCGAUUCACCUCCCUCCACUUCCUCUCCGCCUCAUCAUCCGACAACAAUUUCCCAUCUCCAACCAUUGAUUGAAACCCUUCUUCAGUUCAUAGAGUCCGGGAACUAUAUCCAAGCCCUUUCUUCCGACGCAGCUAAGUCCGUUUUCAAAUUCGAUGGCUCGGAAGUUCAGUUUGCCGACUCGGCCGAGUCGGCGGAGUUGUUCUACUCCCAGCUGGUGCCUCAAUGCGUCGACGUUUUUAUUGUUUCGGAAACUUGCGACGAGAACAGCCAAUUGGAGCAGUGCUUCAGAGGGUUUCUUGUUAUGGCUAUUGGAGUUGCGGCUUUUUUGGCUUUCACUCAAUCCAAUAUUACGGGUCCGGUUGAGAAAUUCCCUGCAUCGCCAUUAGUGCCAGUUGGUGAUAAUUGGGUGGAAUGGGAAGCGUGGGCGAUAAAGGAUAUCAUGUCAUUUGGUUCAGAUGUACAAGGGAAAUUCUCUAAUCUUCAGCAUUUAGUUUUUGCGAAGGUACUACUGAUGAAGACAAAGGACCUAUUGCUGCAUAAGAGCAUCUCCACUGGUGCAGUAAGAAGCAUUUCUUGGUGGCUUUUGAGGUUGCUACUCGUUCAUCAGAAAUUGUUGGACAGUCUUUCAUCUUCUUUGUUUGAUCUCUUGCAAGUAUCUUCACGUGAAAGUCUGCAUCAUUUUGGUGCUCUGGCAAAUGUAAAGAAUUAUUGGGGUCUAGAGUUGUCAGAAGAAGAUGCUUCCAGCAUGGUAUCUGUACUUCAUUUAGAAGUGGGGAUAAUGGAACUCAUAUAUGCACGGGUAGAUUCCUCCGGGCUUCAUUUUGAAUUAGCUGAGAAAGAAUCUGGACUUGACCUUUCCCUGAGUGGGGCUUUAGGGUUCAGGACUAAGCACCAGGUGGAGCCAAGGCCUCAGCUGAUUCUUGUUUCACAUAAAAGCAAUAAUGAGGCCUCUUCAUCUGUUAGCAAUGGGAUACAGGGUAAAGUUUCUAGUUCUGGUAAUAGUACUUCACAUCAGCAUCCUUCUGAAACGUUGGAAGCAUCUGAUGUCUUGAUGGCCCCAAGAUUUUUAGAUGACGGAAUAACUGAAACCGAUGGGCAAUCAGGUGAAGUUCUUAAUAUUGCUGCUACUCAAUUGAAGGCAGUCCAGCAAGCUGUUGUUUUGGCACAUUGUCUUGCUAUUAAGAAAGCUGCUCGAAGUGAAGAAUAUCAAAUGUACAAAUUGGGACCAUUUAUACAGGCUAUUGAUUCUCAGCAUUCCUCACAUUUUAUGAUCCGCUAUUUUUGUGACAUCUUACGGAUCCAAUGGGAGGCAACACGUACACGUACCAUUCAGCGUGCACUUUUGAUGAUGACCAAACUUGUUGAAACUCUGAAUGAACCAUCUCCCACAAUUGCAGAAAGGAUGUACUUGUGUUUCGCUGUAAAUAGUCCCACAAUUCCAGCAGUCCGUAAAGAAUAUGGUGAUCUUUUAGUAAGUUGCGGCUUGAUAGGAGAAGCUCUUAAAGUAUAUGAGGAUCUUGAACUGUGGGAUAAUUUAAUAGUUUGCUAUACAAUGUUAGAGAAGAAAGCGGCAGCCGUGGAACUCAUCAAGACGGAAUUGUCCAAGAGGCCUAAAGACCCAAGGCUGUGGUGUUCCCUUGGUGAUGUUACACUCGAUGAAACUUGCUAUCAGAAAGCCCUUGAAGUCUCUGACAACAAGUCAGCUCGAGCUUUUCGAUCUCUUGCUCGCAGUGCAUACAAUAGGGGAGACUAUCAGAAGUCCAUGGUUUUCUGGGAUUCUGCAAUGAAAAUUAAUUCCUUGUAUUCAAAUGGCUGGUUUGCACUUGGUUUUGCUGCUAUGAAGGCUGGUGAUUUUGAAAAGGCACUAGAUGGUUUCACUCGUUGUGUCCAACUUGAUCCUGAGAAUGGAGAGGCUUGGAAUAAUCUAGGUUAUCUACACAUGAGAAAUAAAAAAAGCAAAGAGGCAUUUGUUGCGUUUAAGGAAGCAUUGAAGUUCAAGCGAAAAAGCUGGCAGCUGUGGGAUAAUUUUAGCACUGUAGCUACAGAUAUUGGAUAUUACGGGCGGGCAAUAGAGGCUGUACAAGAAGUGUUGGAUUUGACAAGUGUUAAACGGGUUGAUGUUGGUUUGCUCAAAAGAAUAAUGCUGGAGAUUGAAAACCAAGCUGCAAAUCUACAUUUGGAAACCGAGGCAAAUAUUGAUGGUGAUGAUAACAUGCAUGAUAGUGCUAACUCUGACAUUGAUUUUGUUCAGAAAUCAACAACAUCAGAAGAAGGUGUGGCUACCAAGCGGGAGUAUGAGAACUUGAUGCACAUGUUUGGCAAGAUUUUACGGCAAAUUGUUCAAAGUAAUGCAGAAGCAGAGAUUUGGGGUUUGUACGCUCGAUGGCACAAAUUGAAAGGAGAUCUUAGAAUGUGUGCUGAGGCCCUUCUUAAGCAAACCAGAGCAUAUCAGGGAUCUGAUUUGUGGAAAGACCGAGAACGGUUUGUGAAGUUUGCACAAGCAUCAUUGGAACUCUCUAAAGUUUAUCAGGAACUUUCUCGUCAAACUGGUAGUCAGCGAGAAUUAUACACAACUGAAAUGCAUAUCAAGAACAUAAUUAAGCAGGGUGCAAGCUUCUCUGAUACCCAAGAGUAUCAAGAUCUUUUGGCAAGCCUCGCUGAAGUCCAAAAGGCAUUGCAAAAUGAUUCAGCUCAAUAGAGAUAGUGUUGUAAACACCUUGUCAGCCACAGGAAAAAGUUCUCAUUACAAUCCCUAUUCGCAGCAGCCAAAGCUAGAUAUUUCUCAGCCAUCAGCUUCGCACCGUAUGGUUUCCAGCUCUCAUGAUCGGAUUUCCAUGUGUAAUGGUGAUUUUUUUGAUUCCGGGAGAGUAUUUUCUGAUUGUUAAAGUGGAAAUUAAUGUAUUCUGCUCAUUUGGAUGCAUACCUCUUCCCUCAAAAGAUAAAAGGUCCAUGUUCGACAAGAGGUUCCCAAAAUAAACAAUGGUGAUUGGCGACGCAUCCGGAAUUUCAUUUUUAAUACAACUAUACUGACAUGAUAUUGAAACAAUUAUAUGCUUCUUUUUUUUUUCACUUUUUUUAGUAGGUUGUAAAAUUUGAGUCUGAUUAUUAUUCUUCUUUACCAUAUCGUA